AUGAAGUUCUCUACUGUCCUUGCACUGGCCAUGCCUGCCACCACUCUUGCGUGGCAGACCACGUUCGGUUACAACGAGAAGAAGGCAUUUCUCGACAUUGGUGAGGGCCUCUAUAGCCCCUCUGAGAUGGAGAAGCUGUUUGUCAAGGUCAUUGAUAAUGCUUGCGAUGUCAACGGGUGCUCCAACGCCCUGCAGCAGUGCGAUAAGUUCUUCUGCAUGACUGUCGAUGCCAACCUUUACUCUGCCGGACAGUUUGAGGCUUUGAUUCCCAUGGCCUACGUCGUCAAACAUGCUGUGGCUGUUGAGAAAUAUGAUCGCCAGACCUGCAACCCCAUGGGCAGCUGUGGCACCAGCCCCCAUGUCAAGCUCACCUGGCCCCAAGAGGUGUCCAUCAACCGCAAGUUUGACAACGAGACUGUCAGCUUCAGCAUCAAGACGACCAUCACCAAGAACACUCAGACCACGUCCUGCUCGGUCAUUGUCGGUCUGCUCACGGGUGUGAUUGGAGAGCUCGACGGCGGCUCAACUCUCGGCACUAUUGCCCCUCUCAUUUGCAACAAAUAA